AUGGAGAGAAAGCAGUUACUAGGUUUAAUAUUAUUGGCGACGUGUUUGCAAACUCCCACUGGGGCUCCCCUCGAUGAAAACGAAAAGAAUUUCGCGUUGGUAAGUGCAACGAAAAAUCACUAAUUAUGCCAUUAACAAUCAGCUGAAAAGUUUAUAGAAUAUAACUUGAAGAAUAAAAGGAAAAAAACUAAUUGCUUGAAAACAAAUUUAAAACUCCAAUACAUCACGUUGCUUAUUGUUAUAAACUAAAUAAGAAACAAAGUUAGCCUUACUCGCAAAGCUUAUGGCUGUAUCAGCUUUAUUGAACAUUCAUGCUGCAAAUAUUAUUAUCAUUAUUAUUAUUAUUAUUUAUUUAUUUUUUUGCUAUUAUUACUAUUUCAUCGGGAGGUCAAUUGCUUCAAAGAAGGCUGCCGUGAAUCACCCGCGAACGUUUAAACAUCGUUGAUUACUAAGUAUACGGUUACUUGAGAUAUUACAAACUGUGCCUCUCUUUAACAAACGAAACGCAUUUUAAUGUGUUGCUUUAACUUUCAGGGCCACAGAGUUUUUUUCAAAAGUACUUAGCCUGUGUUUAACAAAACUAUGUUCUAAGACAUUUUCAAUUUGCCCAGCGCUUUUAUCGAAACACCAUUUAUCGUAAACAAUUCGAUUUCGAUAAAGUGUAUAUCGUAGACUGGAAAUAUACUUAUUAACCCACUAAGAAAGAGAUCUAGAGGUCCAAUGAUUUCACCGCGGCCUAAUAAGUUAGACUUCGUUUAAGUAUCUGACCCUCAUUUCCUACUUGUAUCAACGUCCUUUCGGUCACCGUAAGAAUCAGCGGGAUAUCCAUGCAUAAUAUUUCUUACUGUUUAAUUGGAAACGGAUCCGACAACGCCCAACGUAUUUAUGAAGGGACAUUGAUCGCUUAUUCAUAAGCCAGACCAUAGGAUGAGACUUAAAACACCAAUUCAACGGGAAGGAGGUAGUUAAGAAAAUCCACAACUAACAAGAAGGAACAUCAAAAAUUCAAAUGCCCGCUGGUCGUGGAGGAUGGCAAAGUCUGGCCCUAGCCUCUACUAGGGGCCGGUUUGGACUAGCCCUAAUCUUUUCAUGAGACAGGCUCGUGCAUCAAGAGAUGCAUGCAACAGAAGUGAAAAUCGAAACGGCGGAACAAUGUGAGUUUAAAGACGUUUUUUAGCAUUUUUAAGUCGAUAUUUAAGGUACCACAAGGAUUAUAACGCUACUAAGAGGACAGUUUUACUCAGUGAGGAUCUGGAAAAAGGAACCUCCAAAAGUGCACAUAUAUUCCGUAAGUUAUCACCACGACGCCGAUGUUGCUUUAUUUUUAAUUCAUCGUGACGCAAAACAUAUUUUUGAUCAUUUUUAACCAGAAAUUUCUCAAACAAUACCAUUACUUGUCACCGCUCGAGGAUGGAAAUCAUAAUCUCAAAGACGCUCUGAGGCUGUUUCAGCAACAGUCUGAAAUCCCUGAGACUGGUCACCUGGAUGCUGCCACUAUCAAAGAAAUGCACAAACCAAGAUGCGGUGUCCCAGAUCUUGAUGAGGAAGAGAACUCAGAAUCUGGUAAAUACAUAAGUGAAACCCUACAGUAAAGGCGACAAUUUUAGGUGAUCACUCGGCUUCUAGCACUUCAUAUGCUUCUCUUGUGGUCUGUGCCGUUUUGUUUAUUUGUCUGUUUUUUUAAUUUUGCCAAAUAUGACUGACCGAGAAUGUGGUAUAUUUAUGGCUUUUGCCUAAGAAUGCCAUAUUAUUAUCUUGACGCAUUAUAAAGACAGUAAACUCCUUCACUUUUUUUAGUGAAUAGAGACCUUAAGAUACAUCGUUUCCGUGUACAGGCGGGUACUGGUAAAUUAGGACUCCUUACAGUGGAGUUAUUUUGGGGGGAGUUAUUUUAACUCCAAAAAGGAGUUUAAAGAACUCUUUUUCAGGAGUAAAAGUGACCCCAGAUAUUGAGGAGUUAAAAGAACCCCAGAAAAGAAGUUAUCCUGUACCUAAAAUUUUUACUCCACUUUCAGAGAUAAAUUAACUCCAAAAAGAGUAAAAACAACCCAUGUAAGGAGUAAAAAGUAACCCCAUUUCGGAGUUAUUUUAACUGCAGACUGGGAGUAAAAAGAACUCUUUUUCAGGAGUAAAAAUGACCCCAAAUUCGGAGUUAAACUAAGUAGGAGUUAAAAUAACCCCCAAAAAGGGGUUAUCCUGUACCUAAAAAUUUCACUCCAUUUUUGGAGUUAUAAUAACUCCCUAAAAAUAACGGUGCACGUAGCCCUAAAUACGGGUAGAUUGCUCUUACGCGGGAGAAGCGGCUACUACCGGAUUAUCACAUCUGGGAAAUAAUGGUUGCCCUUUAUAAAACUAUGAGGUAAACAUGUUCGCUUACCCGUACUCGUAGGUUGAAACAGUGUAUCUUAAGGUGACUAAUAACAGGAAACGUAAUCCAUAUAUGCCGGCUUGAUAAUUUGAGUAAGGGACAAAACGUUAAAAGGAACAAUUUUCAUCACGGUCUUCUUCUUCUUACAAGUGUUCUCUUCUCAUAUCCCAAACUUUUUCUCUGUUCACGAUCGAAUCACCGAUCUUGUACCCACUGGUUUGUGAUAUAAUCACCCCGCGCUAUUGUAUAUAUUUUAUAGUCACCAAUCAAAUGGGUGCAAACAUAGUCUAUAUAUAAUAUAAUCCAUGACUCGAUGGUACUUGCAUUGUCUAACACAGUGAUGAAACAUGAUGUUUUAGGAAGAGUUAAACGGUUUUCCACCUCUGGGGACAAAUGGAACAAAACGAAUCUCACAUACAGAUUCCAUAACUAUGCCUCAAAUGGAACGCUGAAUUCAACACAGCAGCGCGAAAUUUUGAGAGAGGCCUUUACACAGUGGGAAGAGAUCGGUCCUUUGUCCUUUGUAGAUGUUACAGAUAACGCUUCCCUCCGUAAUUCCUCCGAUAUCACAUUGUCGUAAGUUGACCUUUAUCUGGUUCAAUAAUUUUCUAGCCUACCCACAGAUUAUUUAACUUCUAUUUCUUUAUUCGCCGAGGACGAGGAUUACUACGAGGAGACGUUUCGCUUUCUUUUUCCGCAUAGGCCGUCCUCUGUUUUUUUCUCUUUUUAGCGUCGUCCGACCGACCCUAGCCUGCGUAGCAAGCGUUUCCAAUCCAGUUAUUGCGCGAAAGGUAGAGCGGAAGCAAAAAAAAGGUUGAAGGGGGAGGGGGAGGGGAGAAGAGGAAACGCUUGCCCGCAAACCCCACGAUUCUGGAAAACGCCCCUUGAUAUUUCACGGUUCGGUUCAUUUGUAAAUUGACAGCUCGUCAAAAUAGAAACAUAACGAACAGAUUACCCCUGGAUUACCAGAUUUGUAAAAUUACAUUGUUCUCUAAUAGAACACGUUGCAGGCGAUUGCAAGAACGGUAAUAAAAAAGAUUUACGAUAAAAGAAAGUUAAAACCAUGAGCGAUUGCUGCGGAAUUUCUUGUCUUUUUUAUCGUGUGGCUUUAUCUCGUCUGAAACCUUGUCGACACGUCAAAAAUGAUUAGUCUGGAACAAUUCACUCCGCCGGGUAUAAGUUUUGCAGAGCGGCUGCUCUUCAGCCUGUGUCGAAACGUUCUCUACAAUAGAUGCCGCUAAAUUUCCAAUAAACAAAAAAAAUCUUUUCAUUUCAAAAAGCUGACAAAUCGCUUGUCCAUGGCGGCUUCAGCUAGUAUCGAGUACCGAUGUUCUGAUUUAUGUUGAUGUUAUCUUCAACAAACAGUCCAUUUUUUCCAGUCAGAUCCGCACGCCGUCAUUCUCAAUAAAUUGGCCUUCCCUAGUCUCCACUGCUCGAUCUCCAAUUAUACUUUGAAGGCUCUGAUCUCAUAAACCUUCGCACAAACACGAUUCCAAUAAAUAUCAGUCCAAAGCAUUUGUAAUCUGCGACCACAAAUCAGAUGAGACCAGAUCUGUGACGCACGAAAACAAAGCAUACCUGGUUUCAUUGAUGUUUCGAAUGCCAAGUAAUCAACACUACCCGCACCGCGCCAAUCAGAGGCUGCGUUCGUGGGCGAACGCAGUUUUUCAAAAUCGUGGGGUUUGCGGGCAAGCGGUUCCUUCUUUCCCCUCCCCCUCCCCCGUCAUUCAUUCUUUUUUUCGCUCUUGUCCCAGCUUUGUAGACGAACCUCGCGAGGAAACGCUUGCUACGCAGGCUAGACCGACCCAAAUUUUUGGCAUUUUCAAAAAAAAAAGUAACGACGUAGUUAAACCAUUUUUCACUUGAAAUAAUUCUUUUAAUCUGUCUGAAAAAUGAUCAUAGUAACUGCAUAGAGAAAAACAGGAACAUUUUUUACAGCAAAUUGUACAUUUUGUUAAUCCAAUUAUAUGAAAGUUAACUUUUAACAUCGUCCCAGGGUACCAGGGCCUCCUAUUCCGAGACUUCUUGUGAUUUUAUUUUAAGUUUUUUUUUUUUUUUUCGAUCCGACCGACCGGCCGGUGGCCAUAUUCUCAAAAAAAUCGACACCCCGGGAAGCUUCUGUGUGCAUUUUUUCACCAGAGAAGUAAACAAAGUUAAUAUUUUUAUUGAAGAAGAAUGAUGAUAAAUGGUAAAACUUAUAUAACAUAACUUGUCAAAGCCACAACGACAUUCUCGCUGCGUGGUAGAAUGACGACUGCUAUAACGUUUUCCCGCCAAAAUUGAAGCUGGUUCACGCGCACGACUCUGUGAAAAAAAAUCUCGUCCUCGCAAUCGGCCCGUCAUUAAAAAAAGGUCUCUUUUAUCUUGAUUAAAUUUUCAUACUGUAGGUUUUUUACCGGUCAUCACAGUCCAUGUUCAUAUGUUUUCGAUGGCGAGAAUGGAGUAUUGGCUCAUGCAUUUUUUCCUGAAUCUGGAGACGUGCACUUUGAUGACGACGAGACCUUUACUGAUGGGGUUUCAACUGGGAAAAAUCUUUUCUCUGUUGCUCUUCAUGAGAUUGGCCAUCUUCUAGGGUUAAAGCAUUCCGUUAAAUCUGACGCCAUUAUGCAUGGAACAUACAAGCCCUAUAAGCAAAAUAUGACUCUCACGGACGACGAGAGACUUGGCAUCAACUUCAUUUAUGGUAAGUAACGACAGGUUGAUGUCACGCCAGCAUCAUCAUAGUGUCAUAAUGUUGUUUGAAACUUUCCCAAUUAAAAUGUGUCACGUUGUCAUGACUAUGGAACACAUAUUCCACAGUCUCGUACACUAGGCUGGCAGCAGGCCCGUCUACAAUGGGGGGAGGGCGUGAGUGGCAUUGAACCGAUGCACGCCCUCUAUAAUACAAAGAGUACUUUAUGUAAAGGAAUUUACAAAAAACAACAGCAAAAACAAACAAACAAAUAGGCUUAAUGUGGUAUAUGAAAAAACGCGAUUCAAACCUUUGCCCGGAUCUAGUGGAGAAUCUUUCCCUGUUACAGGCCAUGGUGUAAGUUCUGCUGGUUUGAUAUGAAAUUGAGUGAACAGCUAACUUAUUAAACAUGAUAACAGAUCACAGCGAGUGAACUUGUUGUUCUGAAAAGAAACUCGUUUCAGAGUUUAACUGCUCAUGGACAUACUGGGUCAGUUAUUUAAACGGAGUGUAGCCCGUGUGUAACAAAAACAGUGCCCUAAGCCAUUGCCAGUUUGCCCAACGCUUUUAUCUAAACACCGUUUAUCGUUAACAAUUUCCAAAAAGCAUUUAUAGCGUAGACUGGAAAAGAACUUAUUUUCUUAUAAACCACCCUAUUUAGAAAGGGAUUUGUAGGUCCAAUUAUUUCUUAAACCGCGCGGCCUAAGUGAGACUUCGUUUGAAUAACCGACCGAUUGAUUCUUUCUUCUUAACUUCAGGAAAUUCAACAUCAAAUACAACAAGUGGUGAGUAAUGUAGUCCUCGGACUAAGAAUUGUUCAACAAACAGCGCUUACAGGAGCCCAUUGCUCCUGACGCUCUGACCAAGGUAAAAAUGAGCGACAGUGAUAAUAUAUAGAUUUAGUCAGGGCUAAAAGCGAAACUCCAAUUAAUAAAUUUUAUAAUUUAAAUCAAACAAUAAGCUUUUAAUCCACAUAUCAGUUAACUUAAGGGCACAUUCAUGUGACUUUUGAGGGAAAGGCUAAGUUAUUUUAGAGUGAAACAUCUUACAUCGAAUUGAUAACCUUAUAUGUACACCCAAAAAAUAGCAAACAUCUUCGAUCACAUUCAGGAUCACAGUAGCCUAGGCCUCGAAAACAAAUUCUUGUAAAACAAAUCAAUAAUUGCGUUUGACAGGUUUACUUUGCAAAUUCUUACCAACAAAUCUGGGGGUGUUUUAACCUACCUUUUAUAGUUUUUAUACAUCACAUUUGAGGUGAAACAGUACUAUUUAUCAUACAGACCUCGGACAGAAUACGGUAUUUCACAAUUUUUCGAGACAAAUUGCACUCAGGAACAUUCAGGACGAUCAAUCGUGGGCUUUAAGCGAAACCGUUCAAAAAUUUCCAAAAUCACCCAUACGGCCAGCUGGUUCUCGUUUCUAUAGUGCGAGCUGUCAGUGUGGUCGAGUGUUUGAGUGAACCUUAAUAGAGUUACGCUUCAACAUAACAGCAAAUUUAUUAUUAUUAUUUUUUGUUAUUCAAUGGUUUCGGUUAUAACGAUGUGUAAUCUUAUAAAGCGUUUGAUACGCGCGACAUUUUUGAGUACUGCUGCAAGCGAUGUUCAUGAACGAUGAAAACAAACGGCACGGAGAAGCGAUUAAAAUUGCAAGAGAGACAACUAACAAUCAAAAAAAGAAAUAUAAUUCGGUGAAACAUUUACAGAGACAACAAUUUUCAUUCACGAAGACAAGUAUAAUUAAAGUGUCUCUAAAAAUCCUGAGUCUUUAAGCGUAAAGCUUAAGCCGGCUUCCCGGCGCGGUGUUUACCUGUUUUCGAAGGUGAACUCCUCGAAGCAAGAAAAUAGCUCAAAGUUUUCUUUCUACAGCCAAAUUUAUAACUAAAUAUUCUUCGGAACGUUUUCUUUCUAUUUGUGGUGAGCAAAUAUAUCUGAAGGCUUUUUAAAGUUCUGUAAGCUUAUAUCAAACCUGAUACUAGGUCAGAUCAUUGACUCUACAAACGUGCAUAAACUUGCCGCAUAAACUGUCAGCGUGAACUGUGCAAGACUAACCGCAUGAACUAACCUGUCAAAUUUUGACCAAUCAGGGUAUAAAAAUUGGCCGUAGAGCGUGACCAACGCGUGGCCAUGGUAAGAUAAGGUCUUCCACGCCUGUACUUAAAAAAAAAAACUGGCUAAAUUUUCGCUUCCGAGGCCAGUUUGAAAUCAAAGUCCUAAUAGUGCGGGGCCAUAGUGACAUAAACACAACAUAUUUGAUAUGAAUCCUUGGAAAAAAUGAACUUGAGCCUGCGAUCAUUUGAAACUGGUAAUUUGUCAGCGGAGAACUUCAAAAAUAUUCUACGUCGAUGGAUCGACACUUGAGCCCGCGGUACGGUCAGGCGAUACUGGUCAGCGGAUGCCCUGUUUUGACACGUGAUUACCAAAUUUUCUGGAAUGGGUAGAUUUACUUAACUAUGGGGCUCCGCCCACGUGUGCGCUUCGCACGCGCGUGGAGCUCCGCUAAAAAGGCGAACAUGAACACAUACAACAUUAUUUCGUCUACAAAAGUUGAACCAUAGGAAGUUUCACUUUGUAGUCGUGCAAAACAAGGCAACAAAAUGCACAAAGGUGUGCUAAUUGCACGUUCAAAGUUUUUGCUGUUGUUAUUCAGUGGUUAUUGUUGUUUUUGUUGUUGUUGUUGUUUUUUUUUUUGUUGCGUAUUAGACCCUAUUUAUUAUAUCUUUUUGCCGUUUUCUUUGACGUCGCCGCUUCGCAUUACACGAUUUUAUUUAUUUGUUUAUUUAUUUACAAAACUAUAGGUAUGUUAACGAAAGCUUCGCUUCUCAGGUAAAUUAAGGCAUGGGUCCCCAAUGAUUCUGUAAAAAAGUGAUGGGGGGUGGUCUAUCUCUGAGCACGUAAGCAGUAGAGAGAUGAGACUUUGCAAGAUACAUACAUGUGUGGUUUCUGUCAAUUAGGUGAUGUUCAAUUAUGCAAAUGUUGUCACGUGACUCCACACGCCCAGAAAACAAUAAAAAGUCUUUAAACAAAAAUGGCAACACUUUUUGUUGUGAGUUAUUAAACCGAUCUGGUUUAGGAGAAUGUGUAAUACAAGCAUCUACAAGACUGUGCUUGGCCUUUUUUGAAUUUUUUACUGUUUUAGAAAAUAAACCGCUUUUUCUACUAGACCCAGUCCCCCAAAGCAAUUGUAUCCCAUCUUAAGGCCUUCGAUUUUAAAUAUCUAAAAAAGGCCAAGCACAGAAGUGAUACAUUAAACGGCAUUAACAUUAUGCAACCGGUAAAAUAAUUGAAGUCACAUGAAAAAGUGUUGCCGUUUGAAGAACAAGCUUUUUCAGCUGAUGGAGGUCACGUGACCUAAUUUGCAUAAUCUUAAAGUACAAAAUUGACACAAACUAAAAAUGUGGUUAGCUGGCAAAGUUUUAUGUCUCUUCAUCUUAAGUUCUUAGAUAUAGACCACCCCCUCACUUCUGAAGAGAGCAAAUUAAGGCAAAUUGAGGCCCAUGCCUUAAUUUACUUGAGUUUUUAGCCCCGGCUACUGAAAUCUGUAUUCAAAGUAGACAGAUUGCAAAUUAUAUUAGUUGCCAAAAAAUAUAUCUGCGUCUCCCAACUGUUCAUAAGUAGGAUGCCUAAAAUGCGUGCAAUUCCACAAUUGGUUUCGGCCCCAUUAAAUCCUAUACCAAUUGCAGAACAUUUUAGGAGGAGUCACCCACCGUGUGAGCACAGUCGCGGACAACACAUAUAAGUAAGGAAAAUAACGCAAAGCAAAGCUAAGACGUUAUUAAACGUACUAAAUGUACACGUAACUUAAAUAAAUAAAUAAAUAAAUAAAUAAUGCACGCGGCCAAAAUUAAAUUGCGCACGCACACGUACCAAUAUACAACUGAAAAAAUCCAAGUAAUAGAUAGGCAAUGUAAGGAUAUGAUGGUGCAAUUUAAGCCUGGAUACAUUUGUACAUAAAUGGUAUGCACGACUUUAUCGAUCACGUUUUGGUAAAAAUUUCGAAAAAAGGCUAAAAUUUAAUUUUCAAAAUGACUGGUCUGACUGGCCAAUAGUCCAUUUUCGAGUUCGCUAUGACCGCUGAAUUAAACAAGUGAAGACACAUUUUUUACAGCCUUAGCCUCUAUCUGAAGUAAUAUAUUCACAAAUUCCAACGAGGAAAAGACCUGUUUAUUAUCUAUCCGGAUACUUUUGAAACCGCUACUUUUUUAUAUAGGAGUCAGCCCUCUGUCCACACGAAACCAGUGAACUUCCAUGAGCGACCACCUCUCGUAAGCGAUCCCUUAGCCAAAACAACAAAACUUUCCCAGUCAAAGCCUUACAGUUGGAACUUCUACUAAACGACCACCUCCUGUAAGCGACCACGACCACUUUUUGGGCCUGAAAGUUUAAUGAUUUUUUAAAUGUUUUUAACCUCUUGUAAGCGACGACUUGACGCAUUCUCUGAUCUCUAAGUUCGCUGUGUGGACUGUGCUUUCUAGAAUAUACAAAGAACUAAUUAGUAACGGCGUGGACCUAUACAUGGCGUAACUUUAAAAUUGUAUGCAAUAAUUAUUUUUUGUAAAGCAGAUGUGGCCGGACCUCUUCUUGGAAGAGGCGCCCCGUGGUUUGAUUCUUGUAAGCGACCACUUCCUCUAAGCGACCACUGAGACUUUGCAUUUUGGGUGGUCGCUUACGGGAGGUUCGACUGUAUAUUUUGAAACUGUCUUGCACAGCGGAUUCUCUUGGAUUCGACAGGUUUGGUGAAUUCGUGUGUGGAAGACUGAAACCGGAACUUUUUGACGUCAACUAUGUCAUGAACUCGGGUCUAGUCUUAAAUGAAAAAUUUCAAGUCCAAAAAGGUGGACAACCAUGUUUCUGUUGACAGCUCUCGCUCAUAUUGCCAGUCUUAUUGCAUGCUUUAAAAUAAAUUUUGCUGUUUUGACGACAUCAGUUCAAACUUCAAGACUUCAUUCAUACAGAUUGUGAAAUCGUUCAGUUCGAGACAAAGUCGUGUAAAACGCCUUCGUUCUGAACCUCGUUGAAAAAAGAUUUAGGGUUCGCCCGGGGCAAACAAGUGCCUGGCGCCGACGGUACAGGCAGGCCUGGCCAUUGUGCUCGAUAGAUUUAGCUACAACAAUGCUCAAAAAUGCGGAGAAAUCACAUCGCGGGCUCGGUUUGCGCAUGCCUACUAGCCAGUAAUUAGCAAAGUAAAUCGCCUUAGCGUAUUUGUGUGAGUGGGUGAAUCUAAACCAGAUACACCACACCAAAUUCCUCUUGAUGCAAAUAUCAAGUAUGUAUGUGGUUUUAGCGCCAGUAUUCGGAUUCGUGUGGACGUGGCCCGGGCAACCUUCCAUGUCGAUUCCAUGACACUACAACUAACAAUUAAAAAUGGAUAUCAGUUGUAUUCUUUAACCUUGCAGGAACAUUAACAUAGAAUAAAUCCAAGUACAAAAGAAUUUUAAAUUGAUUUGUGGUUUCUAUGGAGUGAAAUUGAUGUUUUUUGACACGGCUCUAAUUCCUCAGCCAAUCGUCUAUCCACAAGAUAGCUAGCAUGAUGCUUGAAAGAAGGAAAGAAAGAAAGUUCACUUUACUGUAUCUCAGUAAUUGAUAUUUUUGUAAUAAUCUAGCUGAGGAAGCCUAUUCCUCAUAAGGCCGGUGGCUUCCCUUGGGCUUCCUCGCCUCAUAGUUAUUAGAUCGAGGAGGUUAUGAAAAGCGACAAACGUCAAUGAUAAAAACAACAGUACUGCAGUUUAUGUUGGAAGCACCCUAAAAGUGCACAAUCCUUUGUUUUCUGUUGGCAAAAUGUUACGGAAUAAAUUAAUGCAACGUUUUUUAUUGGUCAAUACAAUCAUGAAAGGAAUGCUUUUCAACGUUGGGCACUUUCAGGCCCACAAAAAAAAAAAAUAUAACAAAGGAGUCUGACGGGUUUCAUAACCAUUCCACUCAAUUAAUUAUGUCGCCAUUAGCUUUUUAAAUAUUUUGAUUUUCUUUAUUUUUAUGUUUGUACAUCAUUAUGGCAAAACAAUAAACUGAACUAAAACUGAACUUCUUAAAAGCUUCUUUUUUGAAGACUUACAGUUUUGUACACCACAAGGCUGAACGCUUUCCGUUGAGACAGCUAAAUUGAAAGAUACUUAAUCUUUUCAUAAACACUAUCUCAAAUGUUGAAGCCAUUUUUUUUUUCAGAACAGACUUCAUGUACCAACAACGAUGAGUCAUGCGACGAUUACGUCGAUUAUUGUGAAGAUGCAGACGUUGGAAGUGCAAUGAGAAACAAUUGCCCUCUAACCUGCGGAAUAUGCGGUAAUUUUUUAUGAAAAUUGAUAUCCUAAUCACGUUGCCAAAGUUCACUGGAUAACUUCUAUUUUAAUUCGUUAUCAUUAUCAUUGUCUUUAUCAUUAGCACUAUUUUCACUGUUAGAAUAACCAAGGAUUCUGCCUGCACGCAAUGCCGGUAUACCAGUAGCCUCCCAGGCCAUUGCAGACAAUCGUAUGGAAGUCACGGGGGGAGUCCUUUUGCCUAUUUAAGCCAUCUAUCCGGUGAUUUCAGUGUCUAUUGCCAAGUAACGCCGUUCUUCGUCUGGGUUAUAAUUUUCGUGUGAGUUUCUUGUCGCGUCGCCGAACCCGCAGAAAUUUUACUUGGCCGUUCCUCUAGAACCUAACCCCAGAGCUUUGGCCAACCUCUUUGACAGCUCAUGUACUUGAACAAGCGAGGCCUUAAGCAACAACCCCAAGCAGAUUUAGGCUCAUUCAUCCAGGUUUGGUUUCUGUUUCUUCUCAGGUUAUAUUCCGCGUUUGUAUGUUAUUCAGUUAUUACCUCUGUUUUCCGGUAAUGCUUGCUUUGUCUACCUAUUUGGUGGCGUACGCGACCUGAAAAUGAUUUUGGGCGUGUGCUCAACCUGAGAAAGAUUUUUGUCGUGUGUUCGACACGAAAAUGUUUGGGUCGUAUGUUGACGGCCACAGAAAGACUGAUUCUGGCCGUUCUUUCGAUUUGAAAAAAAUUUGGUUUUUUUCCUUCCUUAGACGGAUUUUGGCAAUGUGCACAACCUGUGGAAGAUUUUUAUUAGAGUAUUCGACCUGGCAAAGACGUUUCAUUCUCUGUUCGGUCUUGGAAAAAGUUUGGUUUUAUGUAGCAUCUUUUGUUGCUAUAUUUUUUGUUGGGCUUUUUUUCCCUUCCCGCCCCUGCCGUGACCAGAAGGGAAAUCAACAGUACUCCCUAUAACCCGUCUCAGGAUGGUUUCCUGGUCCGGUCGGGCUAGCGGGUGUUACCCUUCCUUUUUAAUAUGUUUUCCUUUUCGUUGUUUUGUUUUGUCGUUGUUGUGUACGUAUGUGAGGUAGGCCUACCCUUAUCAGGUUACCAAAUUUACUCUAUCCCGUGAUUUCAGUAUCUUUUGUCAAGCAAUAACACCGUUCUUAGUCGGGUUAUAUUUUUUUACCCUCCCACCUCCCCUUCGGCGACGCGUAUCCCCCUCUCCGUUCUCUGUCUUACGACCCUCUGCCUUUGCAAAAUCUCGCUUCCCAUGACUUAGCUUCCCGAAGGCAGUAAUAAGUGGUUGCUCUGACAGUGAAAAUUGUUUAAUAUCACUAUCAUUACCAUUUCCGUUAUCGCUAUCGUCAUCGUUAUCAUUAUCACUAUUACUAUCAUUGUCACCAUCAUUAUAAAAGAUGUUUUCUCUCGGUAUAGGUCUGGCACUGAGGAAGGCUAAUUUUGGCAGCGGAUAUAUUGGCCUAUGAUAAAUUAGCCCUUUGGCGUAGUGCCCGCCUUGCACUGAGUUUUGUUCUAUUAUUAUCAUUAUUGUUUUCACUAUUAUGAUCAUUAUUACUGUCACUAUCUGACUAUCACUAUCAUUGCUAUUAUCAUUGUCAUUAUCAUUAUUAUUAUCAUUAUCACUAUCUAUCAUUAUCGUUAUUGGUAUCAUUAUCAGUAUCAUUAUUAUUACCAUUGUCAUUAUCAUUGUUAUUAUCAUUAUUGGUAUCAUCGUCAUUAUCAGUAUCAGCAUCAUUAUCAUUUUUAUUAUAAUUAUAGUUAUUAUUAUAUUGAAACGCAAUAAACCUAAUAAGUGCUUUUAAAUAAGCACAGCAGCCAUCGAUGUUUAAACUUGACGAGGUAGUACUAACACUGGCAAGAACCAGUGGUAAAAUUGUGGCACAAGUCAACUAUCUAUUUCUCCAUUAGAUCGUCAUGGGGCCAACUAAAGGCUGGUUUUCAGUUGCGACAGAGUAGGAGUCGGAGUCGUCAUCAGAAGCGUAAGACUUUACGAUCUAGUGAAAACAGCGUUCUGAUUCCGCUCACGACUCCGUCGCUUAAGAUCAAGUAAAAACUAUGUUGUCGGAGUCGCAAGCAGAAGCGGAAGGACUAAACCAAUCACAAAGUGUGGGAACGUGCAUUGUGAUUGGUUUAUCCUUCUGCUUCUGCUUCUGACUCCGAUAACCUGGUUUUCACUAAAUCGUAAGCGAUGGAGUCAUAAGCGAAUUCGGAAGAAAAUGGAAACGUUCUGAUUCUUCGACUCCGAUGCCGUCGCUCUUAUGGCUCCGCUUACGACUCCGAUUUUUGACCCCGCUACGACUCUGCUUAUGAUUCCGACUCCGACUCCGUCGCUAGUGAAAACCAGCCCAAAGACCGAUAUUCAAGGGUCUUUCUUCCUUUUUUUAACUCUUCGCUAAAUGAACUUGUUAUUUACUAAAUACAUAUAUAUAUUUUUUUUAGGAAGCCAAAGUAGCAACAGUAAGUAUUCUUUAAUAUUAGUGUGCCUGUGCAUAUAACAGAGGAGCUCUCUGUAAAAUCUGUUUGGGAUGCUACUUCCAGUGCGUUAUGUACUUAUUUAUUUCUUACUUUAUUUUUGUUUCGAUUUCUAUCGUUUUCCCCCUAACCAAGGCAAUUCUAACUAAAAUACGAGACAAACAAACUAUGAACCCGCAUUCCUACCCGAGGUGACGUUUUAGUGUAAAGUAAUGUAUUCUCUUUAACUUGGACAUGGAGACUUCAUUCAGAAAGUCGAAGAGAGGUAAUACAAAGCCUUUUGCAACAGGUGGUCACGUGAUCAACUUUCUGUAAACACGAAACAGUUAGCUUUUGAAAAAUUUUGUUAGCAGGAGCUGAAAGAGCAUAUUGAAAUUAUGUAACCUAGCUGUAAAUUUUCCGCCAUAUCUCUCACAAGUACGAUUUAACGACGGUUUAAAGAUUCAAUAUCUCAAACCUAUUUGAAAUUUGCAAUUUUUUUCUUUGGCCGGAAUGAAGAUGUGUAUAUACAAUUUCUUUCCUUUUAAUCAGCAGAUAGUUGAUCCCAGUUUCUAUUUUUUCCUGUUAUUACUCCCUGGCGGCAGGGCAUUUUUUUUUCUUGGGAUGGACCAAUACAACAGUAAUAUCAUUAUUAUCAUUAUUUUUAAGCGUCCUGUGAAGAUGACUGGCCUCAGUCGUAUUGCUCAUAUUAUCAGCAAAACGGCUACUGUGAUAAUACUUUUCCUAGAGCAGUAUGCAAGGAAACGUGCAACAACUGUUCAGCAGGUAAAUAGAUCAGUCCUGUGUCAGGUAACAACUUGCUUCAGAAAAAUCAUUAUGAAAUUGAAGGAACUAAAGAAAAUAAACUGAUGAUGAUUUUAUUAUCCAUUUCUUAAAUCAUAUAGGUUUAAAUUUUCCAUUUCUUGAUUGUACAAAAGUGAUUUCAAGUUUGUCAAUUUUCGAUGAUAACGUGAGCUGUCGAGAAAUAAAUAUACCUUUCAAAUAAGAGAAAGAUGGGAGAAGAGAUUGCAUUUUUUAAAGGGAAUUAUGAACGAAGGCGCGGAAAAUUUUAGAUAGGAUUGGAACAUCGGAUAUUGCAUUUCAUAGCCUGCAUUACAGACGUAAUAAUCUAACCUCUUGGUAUGUAGGAAUAGGCUUUUACAGAUUGUGCUAGCAUAAUUUUUAGUAUAAUUUGAGAAAACUAGCAUAAUUUUCGCCAUUUUUUAAAACGUAGCUCUGCUAGCAUAAUUCGUAUAUUUUGAUAAUUAUCGGAACAUUUUUGGGUUUUCACAGGCACGUUGAUUCCCAAAUCCCAAUUAUACGCUGACGUUUUUCGAUGUUUUAGCAGUAUUUGCAGUUUACUGAGGCCGGAAAUGGGGGGCUGGGACUAUGGUGUACGGGAACCGGAAGUCCCAUGGGAAACCAUGUUGGUCCUAAUACCUCUCAUAGGCAAGGCUACAAAAUGGCGUCAGUUAUGCCAGCCGAUUCGAGCGAAAACUUACAGCUACCUCAGAGAAAUGAAGGGCCAGAACAAGCCACAAUUGCCAGAGACCGUUAUAUAUUAUAGGUAACAAGAAUAUACGGCUUCUGAGUAUUUUGGACUUAUUUGCCAUAGUUGUUAAGAGGACAAUUUAAGACAAAAGUUGCAUAAUUUGGAACAACGAGCAUAAUUAUAACAUAAUUUGGCCAAAAAAAGAGCAGUGCUACAGGUAUAAUAUACUACUUUUACUAGCACAAUCUAUGAAAGGUCCGUCUGUAUACAGGCGGCUGUGCACUUCCCUCCUACAGUAUGCUACAAGCAUUUGGAAUAAGCAACACUUUUCUUUACCCCAGUAAUAGUGAAAUAUAUAAAAAAGAACCUAGAUAUAACGAAAUUAAAAGAGGGCAAGAUUUGUACUCUCAUAAAAAAAAAGUCUAUAAAUUUUCAAUUUAUGAACAUUUUACUAUCUCUGUAAAAGGUCCAGUUUUACCAGUGUAAACCUCGUGGUAGCGAACAACUUUUGCCAGUCCCUUGGCUCUUCGUUAUAUCGUGGUUCCACUGUAGCUGGUAUCACUGUAUUGAUUCUUUAUUUAUAAUCUUUUGAAGGAUAAGUCGACAAGAGUCUACGACGGACAACAAACGGAACCUUCACCUUUUGAACAAAAACGAAACUUGCCCAACACUAAACGACCUAAUUAAUGAUCUAAACCAGCAAAACGAUUUGUGUAAACGUAAUUGUUUGUAAGAAAAUUGAGAU